GAUGGAAAAGGGACCAAAAUAUCUAAAAUAAUUUGAAUAUCACUUGGUUGGAAUUUUUAUUGGAUUUCUUCGUUGGAUCAGAAGGAAGGGAUAAGAGGAUGAAUUGGAUUUUGGAUUUCUUUUCCAUGCAUUCAAAAUGGAUUUCCUUGACAUCAGGAGGUGGAUCACAUGGAUUUACAAGGGAAAUGGAGCCAGGAUUGGGAUAAUUUUUGUCGGAUCAGUACAUAUAUUAUGGUUAGGAGGAUAAGACUAAUUGUUGAUAAAACGUAACACACAAAACUGGAUCAAGGGGAGAAGGCACUAGCCAGGAUUCUGGACAACUUUGCUGUUGGACUCGUGGUGUUCUGCCUGUGGGAUCUCAAAAGACACUAAUGAUUGGCAGUUACACCACUUGGAGUGGAUUCCAACUAUUUCAGGAUUCUGGGCAACUUUUCCCCAUUGGAUUCACAUGCAUCUUAAUAAAGGAUAAAACAAUAGUGGAAUCAUGGAAUUUUGGACUGCCUGGAACAGUGGAUUGUCGUGGGAUAAAGAAGCCAGGAUUCUGAAAAUUUUAUGAUCAGUUUGUACAAACUGUAGGAACAUGUCAGGAUUCAUUUGCAAUAGGCACUUCUCAGUUGGACACACUAGGAGACUGCAGCUUGCAUGACUGGAUGGAAAUAGGACUACCAUUUGGGGAUGGAGUGGGAGAACAUCCAAUUCAAGAUGUCAAGACCAGCGCAACCGAAGGACAUCCUUCUCAUGUUUGAUCGGCCAACAGAGCCAAUCUUCAUGCCAAAGGGAGACAACAACAAUGUUGCAUUUGAUGUGCCUCCAGCUCUGUUGGAUAACCGAGUCAAUGCAGAUUCAGGACUGGUGAAUAGGCUUGGUGCAGGAGAGGCUGAUGAGCAUGUUCAAGUCAGGACUAUAGCUCUCCCAGACCUAACCGUACCCCAGUUGCUGAGUCGUGAACAGAACUUCUCACUGUUCAUCCCCUUACACCGCCAAGCUGCAGGGCGUCUCAUUGAGAUCCUGAUGGGAAUGCGCAACAUUGAUGACCUUGUAUCAAUGAGUGCAGCAUGUCGUGAGCGUGUCAACCCAUAUCUGUUCAAUUAUGCCCUGUCAGUGGCUAUUCUGCAUCGGCCUGACACCCGUAACUUGCAAGUACCCCCAUUGCUUGAGGCUUUUCCUGACAAGUUUGUGGAUGGGGCUAUCUUCAACAAAGCCAGACGGGAGUCCGAGAUCUUCCUCUCCGGCUCCAGGCAACCACUGGAGAUCCCGCUGGACUACACAGCAUCUGACCUAGACAUUGAGCACCGCAUAGCAUAUUUCCGUGAGGAUCCGGGCAUCAACCUGCACCACUGGCAUUGGCAUCUUGUGUACCCCUUCACAGGGCCCCGCAACAUAGUGGACAAGGACCGGCGUGGAGAGAUCUUUUAUUACAUGCACCAGCAGAUCAUUGCAAGAUACAACUUUGAACGGCUGUCCAAUAAGUUGGCACGUGUUAAACGCCUCCUCAACUGGCGAGAACCCAUACCAGAAGGCUACUUUCCGAAGCUGGACAGUCUUGUAGCAAGCAGGGUCUGGCCUUCACGCCAUUCCAAUGCUGUUAUGAGAGAUGUGAACAGAGAGCUGGACCAGUUGCAGGUGGACAUUGCCGACUGUGAGCGCUGGAGGGACCGCUUCUAUGAUGCGAUUCAUCAGGGCAGUGUGCUGAUGCCAAAUGGGAAUCGUGAAUUGCUGACUGAAGAGAAAGGCAUCGAUGUGCUGGGUAACCUGUUGGAGGCCAGCAUCCUCUCCCCCAACAUGAACGUGUAUGGAGACCUGCAUAACAUGGGACAUGUCUUAUUAGGACUCUGCCAUGAUCCUGAUGGGAGAAAUCUGGAAACAUUUAGUACGAUUGCUGACCCUGCAACAUCCAUGAGGGACCCUGUGUUCUUCCGCUUGCAUGCCUUUGUGGACGAUAUAUUCCAAGAACACAAAUCAACCUUGCCUCGCUAUGACGUUAACAGGCUCGGCUACAACGGUAUCACUGUUCGCUCUGUGGAUAUAGAGACACCAGGUGCACCAAAGAAUGAGUUAAGAACAUUCUGGAAGAAGGAUGAUGUUGAUCUUUCCCGAGGUAUGGACUUUACACCACGAGGCAAUGUGUUUGCACGGUUCACGCACCUCCAACAUACCGACUUUGUGUACAAGAUCCAGGUGGAGAACAGCACCAAUGGCCCAAAGGUAGGCACAGUAAGGAUCUUCUUGGCUCCCAAGUUUGACGAGCGAGGUGUCAACAUGUUGUUCCGGGACCAGAGACUGCUCUUUAUUGAACUGGACAAAUUCACUGUCACGUUGAAGCCUAAAUCAAACAUGAUCGAGCGGAGGUCAACCGAUUCUUCGCUGACAAUACCGUUUGAGCGGACAUUUCGUAACUUGCAAUUAAACCGACCAGGGGGGGGUGCAGCUCUCGAUGAGUUCAACUUCUGUGGCUGUGGCUGGCCACAACACAUGCUCAUUCCCAAGGGCUCUCCAGAGGGUAUGCCCUGUGAGCUGUUUGUCAUGAUCUCCAACUUUGAUGGUGAUAAGAUAAACCAGAAUACAGAGGGUGCAUGUGCUGAUGCUGCUAUUUUCUGUGGGAUACGGGAUAAACUGUACCCUGAUAAGCGAUCUAUGGGUUAUCCAUUUGAUCGCAUGCCUCGUGAUGGUGUCAACACUCUGCAGGACUUCCUCACACCCAAUAUGUCUGUUCGGGAUGUAACCAUCAAGUUCACAAACCGAACGGUUGGGGUGCAGGGUGGUGAGGAGCCAAACCGACUCACUUGAUGAGCAUGAGCAGCAGGCGACCACAACAGAAGAAAUGACCAAUGCUUUGUUAAGGUUAAUUCUUGGGUCCUGUCAGACUGAUGAGUGAGAGCCUCUGGGACAGCAUUCACAGUCACAGCCCAUAAUGUAGAGAAUAUCAUGAGCUUGAUUAUGCCUUUGAAAUUUCAAUGAGAACUUAACACUUUGCGUGAAAUAUUUAACUUUCUCUUUCCUCAACAGGCAACAGAGCACCAUAAUGGCCAUUCCCAGUUCACCUCUUGCCCAAGGAUGGAAACAGAUCCAGAUUCCAAAAUGUUUCAUUCUGUUUGAAAUAUGAGUCAUCCUAAAUUAAAACAGUAGAUUUGUAUCAGCAACGAAAAGAAGCCAAGACCAGCAAGACACGCAUAACUGGUAGGAAGGAAAUUGAUGUGUUUCUUUUUGGCCUGACUGGAAUAUAUAUUAAAGUCUUCAACUCCUUAAAGCACAACGGUAACUGUAUAUACCAUCUGUUUUAACAUUAAAUGUCGUGUUUUUCUCCUCAGCAUAUUUGUGUGUUUUGUAUUUCAUGUAAGAUAGGAACUGAAUUUCAUGUAUUGUUUAAAUGAGCUUCAAAUUUCAGAGGGGUAAUACUGAAUGAAUCAUCACUCUAUCAUUCUGGAACUUCCAAGAAUCCUCUGAACAAAUAAAGGAAAUGAUUUGUUCUUGCAAUAUAUAAACUUUAUUAAAUUGUAAUUGCAAAAUAUUUUUAGAAGUUUCAACUAGCAUCCUGUAAUAUCUCAAAGGGAAAUGUUUGUAUGCAUUUUAAUGUAGGAAAGGAGGUGUGCGGAACACCCUUUUCAUCCCAUUUCAUUUUUUCUCUCAGUUUUGUUAUUAUGUCAUCAGUUACUUCAUGUUUCUGGUCAUCUCUAUGUGUAGUUGGUCUUGCAACAGUCACAUGAAAUCUGUGAGAGGCACAUGAGAGCAAUCUGUUAAUACUCACAGUAAUGCAUGGUCUGACAACCAUGUGGCCCUGCAAGAUGAAGUACAGAUAGAAAGAGAUUGGAGAGCAUGUGAAUUGUCAGUAUGUGUUAAUGCCUCCUGUUAGUUAUAUAAGCUUGUCGAUACUGACAUAACUUGCACAUAAUAAAGAAGUGAGCAUUGA